UUAAAUAAAAAAAUAUUUUAUAAAUACUGUGAUGAGGAGCAAGUCGAGUCAGUUGUUUUACGUUGUCAUCAUGGAAACAUAUUUAAUACUACUAACUGUGAUUGUUGCAUGCUCAUCGGAGCCACACUGCUCUAAAUUUCACUAUGAGGAAAAAUUGCUUGAAAAGAUGAUCAGAACAGAAAUUCUUGUUGAAAAUAUGAAGAAACAAAUGGAUGACAUGGAAACUAGAGUUACCGGGGCAUUAGCCAAGCUAAACGAAGAUACAACUACAUGGAAAGGAGAAAUAGAAACAAUGCAAGAAAGCAAUAAGGCAAACCUUAUCAUAUUGCAAGAGAAAGCAAAGAGCGAGUUAGACAAAAAUAUGCAAGCAGUGCAAGACCUUAAAGAGAAAGUUGUGCGACCAAAUAUUGCCUUUCAUGCGACGAACGUGAAAAAUAACAGUCCCGUUGCUGGUAAUACCAUUGUAUUCACUGACAUUGUUCUUAACAUUGGCGAGAGUUACAAUACUGAUACUGGAGAAUUUACUGUUCCACUUGGAGGCAUUUAUCUGUUUACUGUUCAGCUAUGUAUUUAUAAUAAUAAACAAAUUGAUUACGGAUUGGUGGUUGAUGGUAAAUAUAAGGAUGUAGCAAGGUAUCAUGACAACUAUGGUAGUGUUUCCUGCUUCAAGUUAACUACAACAGUCUCAGUAAAGUCAGGUAACAAAGUCUGGGUAAAGGUGAUAUAUCGGGGGGGAAGCGGAGUUAUUUUGUAUCACUAUAAAAAAAACUAUUGGACAUCAUUCUCCGGAGUUCUUAUUCAUAUAGAUUAAUUCAGUAUGUUAAAAUUGACGAAUACAUAUGAAGAAAUAUAGCAUUGACUUAAUUAUACUUAAACGUUUGGAAUGUAUUAAUCAUAGUGUUUUAACUGAAAUUUCUUCUAUUUUGUUUUCGCUGGAUAGCAGUGCUUAUUUUUAUAUAAUACUUAAAAAUAUUAUAAUUAAUUGUAAUGAUUUAAUUUAUGGUAUAUUUUCACCAAAAAAAACAAUGAACAAUUGUUUCAAUGGACGAACAAUUUUGAUAGCGCAAUAAGAACAUCAGACAUAAACAAAUGGAAAUGUAAGCAGACCGUCUACACUCCAUUUAAUGUAUGUAAAAUGUGAAAAAAAAUAUUGCAAACACACACAUAUGUUUAGAUGAUAUAAUAAUUUUCAAAUCUUAUCAAAUUAUUUUAAUAAAAAUAUACAUGUAAAACAAUAGAAAACCUUUAAGCCCGUACCUGUAAGAUCCAAUUAUACAUGUACAUGUAUUUCACUUAUGAUCACCAUAUUAUUAAGGAACAGAAUUAAUGCAUUUAUUUUAUCUUGCUUGAUGACAUUGUAACUUUCAUUAUGCUUGAUUCCAUCUUGCUUGAUGACAUUGGAACUUGCAUUAUGCUUGAUUCCAUAUUGCUUGAUGACAUUGGAACUUGCAUUAUGCUUGAUUCCAUCUUGCUUUAUGAUAUUUAAUUUUUGCAUUAUGCUGGAUUCCAUUUUGCAUUAUUUCAAACUGGCGAAGCGUUGAUCACAAGCCAUUUAUCGUACUGUUUUUUUUAAUUAACGUCAUAAACCUUUAUGCAUAAGUUACUUUUCUUUACGAUUUAGUUCAUUUUUGUAUUAGUUUUAUGUUGAAGUCAUUCAAAAUCGAAUAUAUUUUAUACCCUACUUCCUUUUGUACACCAAAAAAUUACCACGAUGGAUUUUGUUAAAGUGUGCCUUAUACGAUUUAUAGCUCGCAUGGCGUGAUAACUGUUAGCUUUCGCUUUUUUCCAUUAUUCAGUGUUUAUGCUAACUAAAGUUUGCGUGUCUGGUGCUUUGUGGAUUAUGUUUGGUCAUCUGACAUUGUAUAUAUAUAAACAAUUUAAACAAUUGUGACAUGUGCAUAGCCAAUUACAAAUAAUGAUCAUAUAUGUGUACGAAUAUAGUACACAGCCCAAUGGGCCUAUAAGUCACCAAUAAACUGUGUCGUAGACACCCCUAACACACCACCACAUUCACAUACAUUUAUGCUUAAAGAUAUAAUAUGCGCAUCUUUCAGUAAUAUAUUUUUAUUACAGAAAAUUAUUAUUAUCUGAAAAAUUCCUACUAAAUAUGUCUUAUUUAAAUAAAAACACAUACAAACAAAGCGUGGGAAUCUGUGUUUCUUAUAACUGGUCAUUUAAGUAAAGUUGUGCCUUUCUUAAAAGAAACUGCCAUAUUCUUUCAAUAACACUAUAUAUUCAUAGUGUCCACUUAUAGUGUAUAGAAUUUAAAGCAAAACAAUAGUGUGAAGCCAAAUGAUGUUUAUUUUAUAUCACACAAAGACUAUGACGCAAUUAUCGAUAUUUUUCAAUAUUUUCAAAUAUCAAGUUUCAGCAUAGUAUAUAUUUAAAUUCAAUUUCUCUAUUGCACAUACGACUAAGGCAUACGCUCAAGAAGUAGUAUCACGGUGCAUAUCCAUAUCGGUACCCUCUUUGCGAAAUAUGCUCAAACGGUACCCUCCUUGAACAUGCACAGGUCAUUCUCUGCUAAAAACAAACAUUCGAUGGAUAACAAUCCAGUAAAAUUUCAUUGUAAUAAGGAAAGGAGGUAUGACACGUAGAAAAGAUGUAUACCACGGAACACUAGAAUGUUUUAUUUAUGUGCUGAUUUGUCAUGUGCCCGUUUUUCAUGUACUGCAACUUCACAAUAAGCUACAAAAAAUCAACAUGUCUUGCCUCGCCCAUCACAUCUACAUAUUUUUCGGGCUUAAAUGAACCUAUGGCUUGAUUAUAUAUGCAUCAUACAUAUUUAAUAUGUUCAUAUACAUAUCCUCUUCGGACAAAUGGCAGUAUAUUGUCAAAAAGAAAUGAAAAAUUCAUAAAAACACCCUACUUUCGGUUUUGCAGCUGCACGGGCUACCUCUCUUCAUUUGAAUAUCACAGGUACCCUCUCAUUUUUUAACACAUAGGUACCCUCAAAGCACGACAUAUGCUUUUAUUUGCGUUAAUCCCUAAGUAUGUAAUAUUAACAUAAAAGUAUGAAAUAUUACAUACAUACUUAACGAUUCAAAUGAAGAGAGGUAGCCCGUGCAGCUGCAAAACCGAAAGUAGGGUGUUUUUAUGAAUUUUACAUUUAUUUUUGACAAUAUACUGCCAUUUGUCCGAAGAUGAUAUGUAUAUGAACAUAUUAAAUAUGUAUGAUGCAUAUAUAAUCAAGCCACAGGUUCAUUUCAGUCCGAAAAAUAUGUCGAGGUGAUGGGUCGAGGUGAUGGUAGAGCGUUGGACUGUGAAUCGGGCGACCCGGGUUCGAUUACCGAACGGCGCAGAUCACUUUCGUUGUGAUUUAUCAUGAAAUCCUUUCUACGGUCACUCGUACUGUACCUCUGCUCUGGCAUGUACAGAAGUUUCAGUUCCUUGCGAUAGUGAAGGCAACUAGUACUGGUAAACUGCUUGACAGCCUGCCCAAGAACUAUGCGGUGGUUGAACUGUGCUCUGGUGAAUUCAAUAUGUGGCUUAUAGUGAAAACUACCACCACCACCUCCACCACUAUACUCCACGAGCCAAAAUAGCGGGACCAUCCAAAAAAUAACGGGAUGUACCGACAAAGCGACACCUGCUGUCAUAAUAUGAAAUAAUACAGUCAUAAUAAUAAAUACUUAAAUAAUUUAUUGUUUGCUUUUUUACCUAUGAAUUCACUUAUUUUAGGUGGACAUUUAAUACACAUAUUGGAA